AUGCUGAAUGCCACAAAUGUUACCUUCGAGUAUAGCACCUUCUUUCCGAAUGACUUCCUAUGGAUGAAGGGUGGGAAACUCCCUGGAUUAUUCGGCGGCCAUACGGGAUGCAGUGGAGGGAAUGUUGCGGACACAUGCUUCAGCACAAGGAUCAUGUGGAGGGCGAACGGAAUGGGCGAGCUUUAUCUUGUGAGUCCCUUCUCUGUGUCCCAUAUCUGUCUUUGCUCAUCUCCUCCUCAAGUAUUACGGGUUGUCCCUUGCUCGGGAUCCUUCAACUUUACGCCUGGUGCAUGGACUCACCUGAAGCAGACAGUCCGACUUAACACUCCUGGGGUUCAGGAUGGCGGCUUCACGCUGGAUGCUAACGGUGUCCGUGUCUUGACAUUAGACGGAAUAUUUUAUCGAGGCGUGAAGGGCACUGCUCCAUCGGCAAGCAGUAACUUACCCCAGCCAGAACCUGCUUUCGGUUUCUCUGGCAUAUUCUUUAGCACAUUCUUUGGUGGUCAUGACCCAUCGUGGGCUUCCCCUGUCGACCAAUAUGUGUGGUUCAAAGAUUUCAAACUUUCAGUGAAUGCUUAA